AUGAGCUCUCAACAGCAUCUAGGGAGUAUGGGCGCUAGCAAUGGUAGUACUGCAGGCGGUGCAAACGUAGAAGACACAAGUACAACAAUCGGGCUGGGAGGCAUGAAAGAAGCAACAGACAUCGUAAGCGGAAGUGUGCCAGGAGAAGUUGGUAGUACUGCCUCAAAUUUCACUGAAAAUGUAAAGAAUGAAAAGGAGCUAGCAAGACAGAAUCAGUACAUAUCUGAACUGCGAGAGCAAGAUAGAUGGCUCCCCAUAAACAACGUUUCUCGGUUGAUGAAAAACACUCUACCAGUAACAGCUAAAGUUUCCAAGGAUGCCAAAGAAUGUAUGCAAGAGUGUGUCAGUGAGUUCAUAUCGUUCGUCACAAGCGAAGCAAGCGACAGGUGUUCGGCUGAUAAGAGAAAGACAAUCAAUGGCGAAGAUAUUCUGAUAUCCCUACAUGCACUUGGCUUUGAAAACUAUGCUGAAGUGCUCAAAAUAUACCUUGCCAAGUACAGGCAGCAGCAGGCCCUCAAAAAUCAAAUGAUGUAUGAGCACGAAGAGGAGGCGCAAGACAUAUACAGAGAUCCAGAUGAGGAUCAUGAAGAGGAUGAAGACGAAGAAUCAAGCCAGCAAUAUAAUGUGGACAAAGGUCAAAUACAGCUUCAAUUCAUGGAUCAACAGCAGGAUGAACCUGAUGGAGAACGUGCGCUGGAGGAAUGA